AUGGGGAUAACCAACGACGCAGAGACGGCUUGCAAUCAGCCCCUAGAGAAGUUCAGACGCCCCGGUGUCAACUUCACGCUCUGCCCGGGAUGCAAAAAGGCAGCAACCCAACAUCUUAUUCGAGAACAUGCCCAGCCAGGUUGGUUCAGCACUACAGGCUGGCCUAAAAUCGAGCGGUCUCUGUAUCUGAAGCAGGAAGACGGUUCUUCCCACUCGGCUGAGUUCGAGAACAUCGUCAGAUCCUGGGUGCAACGGCGCCACAAAGAACUUCAAGACGCUGGCAUCUGCUUCGACUCUUACGACAAGCGCAACACCGGCUACCGCCUCAUGUACGCGCCGUGGUCCCGCGCCUUUCUCCUCGACGAGUGGGACGGACAUGACCUCUCUCAGAAAGGCGCAGAGUUACUCUUGGCCAGGUAUGGCGAGCCACUGAUGGUUGAGGACCACGACGAUUUCGAGGUCGACAUCCAAGCCUCCGAGUCCGUCUCCAACGCCGGCGACAGCUUCACGGCCACGAUUGAAAUGCACCGCGCCAAGAUCGACGAGGGAACUCACCAGCUCAUCGAGUGGAACGUAAUGAUUCUCCAGAUAUACCGCAUACUGAUAGAGGAUGACGACUGUGAUGGUGAUAGACGGGGGCUGAUGGACAUCCUGGAUCAGUUGUUUGGGAAGAGACGUGAGUUGGUGUGUGAGAUGAGGGAGACUGAGGAGGAUCUCGACGAUGCCUACCGAGAGCUCUUUGGUCUUCGAAACGAUGUCUCUUAUCCUUUUCAUGGAAAGAUCUGGGAGGAUUUGUUACGAAGUGUUGUUCCUUUCCCAACGAUCAUGGGCGGCAAGUAA